AUAUGUAUAAUCAGAAUCAAACUUAGUCACAGACCAAGACUUCUAAGUCUGACACUAUCGCAAUCUUGUAUAGGCAGUUGUUUGUGGAGUGCGUGCGUUUGAUGGGUUACCUUUUAUGGCGAUUUGGAUAACAAGAAAACAUUGAUCAAAACGUGUGAUGUUCUAAUAUCAAAUUGAAGAAAAAAUAUCUAAUGAAAAAAAUGUUUGACAGUUCAAGAUGGAUUAUAUCAAUAGUAAUUAUUACUUCAGUAAAUGCAAAUUAUUUACCUCUAGAAAGACUGACUGGAAUGAAUCCUUGUAUCAGUAAACAAACAUGUCAUGAAUGUAUACAAACACCACAUUGUGCCUGGUGUGCUGCACCAAAAUUUUCUGAAAAACGAUGUUUUCUACCUAAUAUCAAUACCAAAAUAUUUGCAACAUGUCCAGCAGAAUAUACAUGGAAUCCAGAUAAUGUUUUUAGUAUGAUAAGACACAGAAAUUUAACAAAAGGUGGUUAUGCAAGUGGUGGUGCUAAUAGUUAUGAAUAUUCAUAUAUAAAUUCUAGCACAUAUGGUUCACAAUCCUAUAAAGAAACUAGUAGCAGUAGUAAUAGUAAUAGUGGUAACAAAAGACAAGAAGCUAUACAAAUUUGGCCACAAGAAGUUAAUUUAAAACUUAGAAUAAAUGAAGCUCAUAGAAUGACAUUUGCCUAUUCACAAGCUGAAGAUUACCCUGUUGAUUUGUAUUAUCUUAUGGAUUUGAGUAAAUCAAUGGAAGAUGAUAAAAAAAAAUUGUCAGACUUAGGUCAACUUCUAGUAGAAAGCAUGAGUAAAAUUACAAGUAAUUUUCGUUUAGGUUUUGGCAGUUUUGUUGAUAAAGUUGUAAUGCCUUAUGUUAGUACAAUGCCUAAAUCAUUAAAAGAACCAUGUGAUGGAUGUGCAGCACCAUAUGGUUAUAAAAAUAUUAUGACAUUAUCUCAAGAUACUAGUCAUUUUGCAAGUUUAGUGCGAAAUGCUUCAGUAUCUGGCAAUUUAGAUGCACCAGAGGGAGGAUUUGAUGCAAUAAUGCAAGCUAUAGUUUGUAGACGACAAAUUGGUUGGCGUGAAAAAGCUCGUAGACUUUUAGUAUUUUCAACAGAUGCUGGUUUUCAUUAUGCAGGAGAUGGUAAAUUAGGUGGAAUUGUCAAACCAAAUGAUGGAGAAUGUCACUUAGAUAAUAGUGGACUUUAUACACAUUCAUCUUUGCAAGAUUAUCCAAGUAUUUCUCAGAUUAAUUUAAAAGUUAAACAAAAUGCUAUUAAUAUUAUAUGGGCUGUUACAGAAGAACAAAUAAAUGUAUAUAAAAGAUUAACUAAACAUGUAGAAGGAUCAUUUGCUGGUAAAUUGUCAGAUGAUUCGAGUAAUGUUGUAGAAUUAAUUCGUGAACAGUAUGAUGCAAUUUCAAGUUCAGUUGAAAUGAAAGAUACAGCCAGUAGUGCUGUGAAAGUAAAAUAUUUCUCAAAAUGUUUGGGUACAGGGCCACUUAUUGAAACUUCAAAAUGUGAUGGAUUAAAAGUAGGGACAAAAGUAGAAUUUACAGCAGAAAUUGAAGUUACAAGUUGUCCAGAAAAUAGAUCAGAAUGGAAACAAAAGUUUGAUAUCUAUCCAGUAGGAAUCAAUGAAACACUGACAGUAAAUUUGGAAAUGUUAUGUGAUUGUGAAUGCGAACGUGAAGGUACUAUGUUUGAACCAAAAUCACCAGAAUGUAAUGGUGUAGGAACUUUAAAAUGUGGUAUUUGUGAAUGUUAUGAUGGAUUUUUUGGAAAACGUUGUGAAUGCAGCCCUCAUCAAGAAAUGACAGGAUUAGAUAAACAUUUCCAAUCUUGUAGACCUGAUAACACUUCUCUUAUAGAUUGUUCAGGAAGAGGAACUUGUGCUUGUGGCCAAUGUGAAUGUGAAGAAAGAGAAAAUCCUGAAGAAAUAAUAUCAGGUCAUUUUUGUGAAUGUGAUAAUUUUUCCUGUGAUCGAGAUCAAGGUCAUUUGUGCUCAAAUCAUGGAACAUGUGAAUGUGGGCAAUGUGUUUGCAAUGCAGGAUGGACUGGUCCAUCUUGUAAUUGUAGAUCUUCAAAUGAAACUUGUAUUGCACCAGGAACUACUAAUGGAGUAUUAUGUUCAGGACAUGGUGAUUGUGUUUGUGGUGAAUGUAUUUGUCAUGAGGAAGGAAGCACUAGGUAUUCUGGUAAACAUUGUAAUAAAUGUCCAACUUGUCCAAGUCGUUGUGAAGAAUUAAAAAAUUGUGUAUUGUGCCAAAUGUAUGGUAGUGGUAAUUUUAGUGAUAAAGAGGAAUGUAUGAAAAAUUGCAAGGAAUUCGUUCCUGAACCAGUUGAUACAGUUAUACCAGAUGUUGAUAAGGAUGAAGUUCUAUGUUUUGGUAUAGAUGAAGAUGACUGCAAAUAUAAUUUUGUUUAUUAUUACAAUGAAACUAAUUGUUUAAAAGUCCGAGCUCAAAAAGAAAGGGAAUGUCCACCACAAGUUUAUAUGCUUGGUAUAGUAUUAGGUGUAAUAGCAGCUAUUGUUUUAAUUGGUCUUGCAUUGUUACUUUUAUGGAAAUUAUUAACGACUAUACAUGAUAGAAGAGAAUUUGCAAAAUUUGAAAAAGAAAGAAUGAUGGCUAAAUGGGAUACGGGAGAAAAUCCAAUUUAUAAACAAGCAACAUCAACAUUUAAAAAUCCAACAUAUGCUGGAAAAUAAAAAUCAUAAAAAUAAUCUUUAUUUAAUAGAAGGAAUUAUUUCAUUGCAGUAAAGAUUGCCUUUUUAUAUAUAAAUAUAUAUAUAUAUAUAUAUAUAAAUAUAAAUUUUAAAUUGAUUAAUAUUUAAUUAAACAACAAACAAAUUUUAUUAUGCAGCAAAUGAAGCUUUAGUACUAAUUAGAAUAGAAUAGAAUUAUUAAUAUUAUAAUUGAUAAGUAUUUAAUGGAAUUUAGUGUAAUACAAAAUUUUAUCAAAUUAUUCAUAUUAUAAUACUGCCAUAUAAUUUAUAGACCAGCAGUUCUUAAUCUUUAAUUUUAACUUUUUGUUUAUCACAAAUUUUUUUUUAAAUAACUUUUUAAAUUUAAUUUAAGAUUUAAAUUUAUAAUGUGCAUCCAAUUUAUGUAUAAAAAUUAAUACGCAGUUAAAUGCAUAUCCAUAAUAAUAUCUUAUGUUUUAUCUUACUCACUUAUUUGUAUAAUAGUUUAUGGAUCACAGGUUAAGAACUGCUGACUUAGACUGCUAUGUAUGAAUGUAUAUGAAUAAGUGUAAAUUAUGUAUACAAUGUAUAGAGUGAAAAAUGAUAACAUAAGAAUGAAUGUCUGCAUAGAAACAUAAUAACGAAACGAUUUGAAGAUUUAAAAUCGUAAUCAUACUGUAACAUUUAUAUAAAAGUGCCUUUUAUCUCAUGACAAAUAUUUAUAAUUUUUAAUUAUAUUUUUUAAUACAAAAUUUGUGAAAUAUAUGUACUUUUUUAGAAAAUUUCACAUAAUUAUCGAAUUUAGAAAUUUAGUAAUAGAUUUUUAUUUUAAUAUAUUAUUUAUUAAACAUUUUCAUAUAUCAAUAAAUUUUUAAUAAUAAGGCACAUUUUAAUAUGUGAUAUUGUAAAAUCUAAUGUUAUUUACAAUUAUGUUAACAAAUAAUAUUCAAUUGUUUUCUUUAUAAGUCUUCCUGAUUUUCAUAUAUGUUUUACUUUUUAUAAAAAAGAAUGAUCUAAAAAUGUAUGUAAAAUUGUAUAAAUGUAAAAAAAAAAAAUAGCAAAAUGUAUAGUAGUAAGUUAAAUUCAUUUUGCAACUUAUAAAAAAUAUGAUCCUCAAGAUUUCUUUUUAGAAAUCUUAGAAAAAUUUUUAAAAUUUUACUUCUUAUUAUUUAGAAUAAUUUUAUUUCUUUAAAAUAUAUUUUAAAUUAAUAAAAAUAUAAUUAAUAAAAAAUUCGUUAAAAAAAGCUUAAAUCAAUAUUUUAAAUAUAUUGAAAAAUUAAUUUUUAUAAUAUAUAAUAUUAAAUAAUAUUAAUUAUAGUAAUGAAGCUUUACAGUUUUCAUAGCAUUGUAUUUUUUAUUUAAUUCAAAGCAAUCAUAUAUAAUAUAUAUAAAUAAUAAUAUUGAUUUUUGAUCAAUGAAAAUUUAAAAUAUAAAUAAAUAUUAUUACAAAAUAAUCAUUUUAUCACAUCAUGAUAAAUUAUAUAGUUUUCACUGCCAUUGAUUAUAAUAAAAAUAUCAGCUUAUCUUACGAUCUCAUUGUAAGGUAAAAAAAAAAUAAAUAUUGUAUUAUUCUGUGUUAAUAAUAUAUUUAUAUAUGCAUAUUUAUAUAUUGAUUUUAUCAGUCCUGUUUCCAUAGAUUCCAUUUAUAUAGUUGAUUUCAUAUAUCUUUUAUUUUCUAAAAAAAAAAUUAUUCUAUAAAUUAUUAUUAUAUAAAAUAAAAUUUAUUAUAAUUAUGUACAAUAAAAAUAUUAUUAAUAUAAAUUUUAUACAUAAACAAUUAUAUACAUAUAUAUUCAAUUAAAAUCAUUUUUUAUUUUUCUACUUUUUUAAUAUUUCAAAUUAUGAAAUUUUCAUAAAUUAAAAAAAAAUUAUUUUUUAUCAUUGUACAUAAUAUUAUUUUAUUAGAAAUUAAUUUAUAUAAAAUAUAAAAGAAAUUUGUGUAUAAAAUUAGCUUUAAAUGAACAUAGUGCAAUAAUAUAUUAUAAGUUUUGUAUUAUAAUCUAAUAUAUAAUAUAUAACAUGUAAAUUGUAUUUAGAUAUAAAUCUUUCUUAUUAAAAUAUAUAUAAUAUAAUUAUCUUGUAAUUAAAUAAAAGAAAUGAUAUAAAGUAAUUAAUCUAUUAUAUAAUAUAUUAUAUAAUAUAUAAUAAAUUAAAAUAAAAUGUAAUACAUAAUACAUAAAAAUAAAAAUAAAAUAUAAUUUUGUAGAUUAGAAGUAUUUAUCUAAAUUAUAAUUAUUUUAAAAUAGAAAAAUAAUAUAUUUGUUAUUCUUAUUAUUUAUAAUAAUUAUAUUUUAUAUUGAAAUAAAUAUAUUUUUCUUUUAUAAAAUAUACUAUUUUCCUUAUAAUAUAAAAUAUAAUAAAAUUAAUAAAUUAUUUGUCAUUUCUGUUCAUUUUGGAUAAAACUAUUAUAUUAUAGAUUUUCUAAUAACAAUAUAUAAUCUAUAAAAAAAAAUUAUUCACGAUUUUGUAUUGCAAUUUAAUAUUUAAUGUCAAAUCAAAAAAAAAUAAAUAAAUUACCAAAUCAAUUAUAGAUCAUUCUUAACCUAUUAGUUUUAGAAUUUCAAAAAUAUAUGUACAUUUAACUUGAAAAUAAUGGAAUAUUUAAUAAAUUUCUCUAUAGUAUUAAAAAAUUCUUUGAAAAUAAUAUUUUAUAAAUAAAAAUUAUUUAUUUUUAUUAUAAAUAAAUUUUAAAUAAUUAUAUAUAUUAACUUUAUUUUAUGAAUAAUUACAUUAAUACAAUAAAAUUUAUUAGUUAUAAAUAUUAAAUAUUAUUAUUAUUAAAGAUUUAACAAAAUAACGUGUGUAUUAUAAAAUUUUUCAAGAAAUACUUUAUAAUAUAUAUAUUGAUAUGAUAAAAAUGAAAAUAUGAAAAAAUUUGAUCUCAUAUAAUUUGAAACAAAAUAAAAUGGUUAGAAAACGAUAACAAAAUAAAAACUUUUCAAUAAACAAAAUUUUAUAAUAUUUUUUAAUCAAUAUAUAAAAAAAUUUUCGUAUGAUAAAUCAAUUUAAUAUCUGAUUGAAUUUUUUUUAAAUAAAUUGUUUAUUUAUUUUUUUACGUGAUCAUAUUAUUUAUUUAUUUGUUUAUUAAAUCAUUUCUCAAAAGGCAAAAAAAAAAUUAAAUAAUUUUAAACUAUUAUUUCAACUAUUAAUAUUAAGUAAAUCUUAAAAUAUCAUGCAUAUUUAAAAAUUAAAUCUUUUUGUUAAAAAAAUUUAUCAAAUAUUAAAACGAACAUUAUAACGAAUAAUUAUAAAAUAUUUAAAUUUAUAUUUAUUUAUUUAAAAAUUAUUAUAUUUAAUAUAUUUAAUUAUAUUUAAUUAUAUUUAAAUAUUAUAAAUAUUUUCUUGGGAUUUGAUUAAAUUUUAUAAAAAUAAAUAAGAUAUUUCUCAUAAAAUAUACAUAUAUAAAUUUUUUGAGUAAAAAAAGUAUAUAUAAAGUUUACAAGUAAAAUAUAUAUAAAAUAUAUAUAUAGUUUUAUAAUUUAAAAUAAUGAAAUUAAUUUUAAUUAUAUUUUAAUUUCAAUUUAAUUUUGAUAAAUAUGUGGAUAAAUUUGUAAAAAUUUAAAUUUUUUAUAUUUUUUAUUAAUUAAAAAUUUAUAAUUAAACUUGUAUAUUAAUUAUUUUAUUAUAAAUUAAAAUUUAUGUUUUAUAUAAAUUAAAAAUGAGACUAUUAAAAUAAAUCAUAUAAAUUAUAAUACUAUAUUAAAUUAUAAUGAAAUAGCUAAAUAUUUAAGAAUUUACGCAGUUUAAUUGUAUAUUGCUGCUGUAACAGCGUCUCGUGUCUCAAUCGUCACGUGUUUGUAGUAGGUGAAAUCAAGGUAUGUAGAAUAACGCUUGAACACGUACAUACAGAAAAAUAGAAAAAACAAAAGAAAUGUGUAAUUCGGAAGAAAGUAUUCGUCAAAUUGACAAGAACGUGAAAUACCGCGAGAGUAUAUAAUCUUCCGAGGGUGUACCAUGCCAAAGGAGUACGGGAAUUAGGACGACAAAAGCAGUCAACGUCGACCUGGAACUGUCAUGGAACGGCUUUCGAGAGUGGCAUGUUAUUUUCGAUGGAUGAGGAACGCGACAUCUCAUGAUGCAAGUGAGGUUGAGGACGAACAGAAAACUAUUAAAGUUGAACGAUAUCGAAAUGUCGGAUGUAAUUUUGAAGCUUCAAGGCGACUUUGUGGUAUUUUGGAAAGUAUCCUUCUUUGGGAAAACUCUGUGAAUAGUAUUUCUGUCGUCAUCGUAUUCAAUAUACUGUUUUGGUAAGUUCCUUUAGUACUGUAUGAUAUGCGUCACUUCAAAGAUAUAAUUAUAUAUAAUUUUGAGAAAUUUAAUUAUUUAAUUACUAUUUUUUUAUCAUUCAAUAGAAUUUUAAUUUUGGUUAGUUUACAAAAUAAAAAUCUUAUGACGUCUAAUUCGCCAAAUAAUGAAUAUUAAAUAUAACUUUUAAAUAUAAUGUUUUUUUUUGAUAUCGUAUAAUUUAAUUUACAAAAUUUUCAUAUUUUAUUUUUAAUAAAUAAAUUUAUACUAAUGAUAAUUAAAAAAUUAAAUAAUGAUUAAUAAAAAGUUUUGUAUAUUAAAAGAGAAGCGUUUUGCGCGACAUUUCAUUGUUUCUAAAUGCUUUGAAAGUAAGUCGCUUUCUAGGUCAAGGUUUAUAGAAGCAUGCGUGUUUCGGCAUUUGAUGUCAGUUGUAAAUACUUACUCUAUCGUUACUCAAGCAUGCUUUGUGUUUUUUAUAUGUUCCUUUAUGAUAAGCGUAUAAACAUAUUCAAUCAUAUAACGUUAUUUACGCAUAUUACGAAAACAAAUUAAUAUAAAAGGGGUAUUAUUGUAUUAGAGGUUCGAGGCUUUGCUGCAGCCAGCAGUGCUGCACUGGUCGUUGUUCUCUGUUAUAGUACCUUAGAAACUCAAGUUCAAAAAGAAAAUAAAGCAUUGGAUUUAGCUGCCUCUUAUGCAAAAACAGAACAAAUUGAAAAAAUAGGAAAAAAAAUAAAAA